ACGCAUGCGUUGAAUUCGGAAACUCCAAAAUCUCCGCGAAAAUUCGGCUGGUUGAAGGUUGCCAGACGUUAUACUGAUAUUGAGACAGCAGCUGCUGCAUGUCAAUGAUUACUGGAGGGGGAUGAAGAGAUCAAAUGGAUGUAAUGACAUCAAUGGAGGGGGAGACAACUCAGAGAGGGUGGCAAUAUUGGAUGCAGGGGCCCAGUAUGGCAAGGUGAUUGAUAGAAGAGUUCGAGAGCUCAACAUAGAAUCUGAAAUUCUACCGUUAGAUACUCCAGCAUUUGCACUAAAAGAGGGAGCUUACAAAGCGAUUAUCAUAUCAGGGGGACCUAACUCUGUCUAUGCUGAGAAUGCUCCAAGAUAUGACCCUGAAAUAUUUACCUGUGGACUUCCAGUUUUAGGGAUUUGUUAUGGAAUGCAGAUGCUUAAUAAAGAAUUUGGUGGUACCGUUCAUCGUAAAGAAGCAAGAGAAGAUGGACAGUUCACUAUAACUAUUGACACAAACUGUUCAUUGUUUAGGUCCUUGAAGAAAGAACAGAAUGUGCUGCUAACACAUGGUGACAGUAUAGACACUCUUGCCAAGGGUUUCACUGCUGUAGCUCACUCAGGAAACAUCAUUGCAGGUAUUGCCAGUGAAGAUAAAAAGUUAUAUGGAGUUCAAUUCCACCCAGAGGUGGAUUUAACAGAUCAAGGGAAAGAAAUGAUGAGCCACUUCUUGUUUGACAUUGCCAAGUGUAAAGGAACAUUCACUAUGCAGGGAAGGGAAGCAGAAUGUCUGAAAUAUAUCAAAGAAGUUACAGGAAACCACAAAGUCCUGAUGCUGUUGAGUGGAGGAGUGGAUUCUACAGUUUGUGCUGCUCUCCUUCACAAAGCCCUAAGUAAAGAACAAGUUAUAGCAGUCCACAUAGAUAAUGGCUUCAUGAGGAAAAAUGAGAGUCAAAGUGUGGCACAGUCCCUCAGCAAGUUAGGACUUGAUGUCAAAGUUGUGAAAGCAGCACAUACAUUUUACAAUGGUUCUACAUCAAUAUCAGUGAAGACUGAAGAUUCAGCACCACGAAAGCGCAAGACAGAGAGACUUAACACUGUAGUCUGUCCGGAGGAGAAGAGGAAAAUCAUUGGGGAUACUUUCAUGAGAGUUGCCAAUGAAGUUUUAGAAGAAUUAAAUCUGAAACCUGAGGAUGUUUACUUAGGCCAAGGAACCUUGAGACCUGACCUUAUAGAGAGUGCUUCAGAACUAGCCAGUGGUAAAGCAGACGCCAUAAAAACACACCAUAAUGACACAGAAUUAGUCAGAGAGCUACGCAAACAAGGUCGAGUGGUUGAACCUCUGAGAGAUUUCCACAAGGAUGAGGUUCGCACCAUUGGCAAAGAUUUAGGUCUUCCUCCAGAUCUUGUCAAUAGACACCCCUUCCCAGGUCCUGGACUUGCCAUUCGUGUUUUAUGUGCAGAAGAACCUUACAUGUGUAAAGAUUUUGCUGAAACUAGUGUUUUGCUCAAAUUCUUGUUGGACUUCUCAAAUUCAAUCAAAACACCACAUACUUUAAUAACAAGACUGAAAAACAGUACAUCAGAACAGGAACAGAAAGAGCUGAAGCGAAUCAGUGAAGAGGCACAGCUGUUUUCUACAUUAUUACCUAUCAAAACUGUUGGUGUUCAGGGAGACAGUAGGACCUACAGUUAUGUAGUAGGGAUUUCCAGUGACAGUGAACCUAACUGGCAAAACUUAAUGGUUCUAGCCAAACUUAUUCCUAGGAUUUGUCAUAAUAUUAAUAGGGUAGUGUAUAUUUUUGGAGGUUCUGUACGAUUCCCUGUAGAAGACAUCACCCCCACUUACCUUACCAAUGGAGUACUGAGCACACUACGACAGUCAGACUAUCUUGCUACAGAGGUGCUACAGGCCACAAACACUACCUCCAAACUCAGUCAGAUGCCAGUUAUUAUCAUACCAGUCCAUUUUGACAGGGACCCCAUCAAAAACAUUCCCUCUUGUCAGAGGUCUAUAGUGAUUAGAACAUUUAUAACCAAUGACUUUAUGACUGGGAUUGCAGCAACACCAAAUAAACAGUUUCCAGCUCAGGUUUUAAACCAGAUGGUAGAUAGAAUCUCGGCAGUACCAGGGAUAUCUAGAGUAUUAUAUGACCUCACAUCUAAACCACCAGGAACAACGGAGUGGGAGUAGUGCUUAUUUUACUUAGAAGAUAGAGUAAAGAAAGGGACACAUUAAAUCUUCUAAAAACCAAUAAAAGUAGUGCUUGUGAAUUGUGAUAAUAAAGUAUUGAAAAUUUUA